AUGGAGAAUAGAAAUAGACUUGUACAGAAGAGAACAUCGACAGAUACAAUAAAGGCUGGAAUAGGGAUGCUGGGCAACCUACGCAGCAAGUCGUCGAUGAGUAAUGUGUCUAUUGGCAGUGGCAGUGGGAGUAGUGGUAGCAGCAACUCCAGUCACUCCAGCCACCCGUAUACUCACCGAACUCGAACACACUCACACUCCCCUUCAAUCAUUUCAUUCAAAUCAUUCUCAGCGAGUUCCCAGCCAACCACUCCAACGACUCCAACGACUCCAAAUAUCCCAGUGUCAGCGAUAUCACCAAUAGACUAUCCAAAUAGACCUCCACGCCGCUCCUCUAAAGCCCACUCAACCUCCACAACGCCAGAUCCAUUCAGCGCUACGAGCCAAAGCAGCUGGUUUAGUCCAGAGUUUAAUCUCUAA